GCCUCCUGUGCUCGGAAAGAGAAGGGAGCAGGAUCUUUGGCCGACGCGAUCGUGGCUCCCUUGGCCGGGAUCAAGCACUGCCAAGCCGGACGCUACACCCCGGAAAACAUGGAGGCUGUGGCCGAGGAGCUGCGGGCCGGCUCUCGGGUGCCUGUCACUAUCGAUCAAAUAGUUAACGAUACAUUGAUAGUGACGCUAACCUAUCGGGAAAGGAGCUACACAGGCAUAUUACUAGAUUGCAACAAAAAGACUGGGCUGUUCUGUCUACCAGAUGUCCCGGCAAAAUUGGGGGAAUGCUCAAUGUCCAAAUCUGCUUGUGAAAUUCCUGAAGUUCUUAGUGAAGAGCAGGUUCCUGAACCGCCCAGCCAGGAGUCCUAUAGACCAAAGGAUGAAAACACCCUUCCUGAAAACAAUAUGCCUAGUGAACCUCUUCCCUGCCCCAUGCCCACGCCAGUUCCAGCUGGACAGACCCUUUACCCUCCUUAUUUUGAAGGAGCCCCUUUCCCUCAGCCGUUGUGGGUGCGUCACAGCUACAGCCAGUGGGUUCCUCAACCACCUCCACGACCAAUCAAAAGGAAGAAGAGACGGACUCGAGAGCCUGGCCGCAUGACCAUGAGCACAAUCCGUCUGCGGCCUCGGCAGGUGCUGUGUGAAAAGUGUAAGAACACUCUGAAUAGUGAUGAGGACAGCAAAGAUGGCAUUAGCAACACCAAGGGCUCCAGAAAGGAGAAUGCCCCACAAAGUGAUGAUGACACAAAGGAUGCUCCUACCAAGGUAGCAAGGAAAGGGGAAAUGGUCGGUGCCAAGGAUGCUAAGAGGCGGGAAAACUGCAGCAGUUUGGACAGCAAGCGUCCCCGGAAGGACAAGAGAGGGGAGGCUGAGGUGGAAAAGUUUCCUAGUGGUGAUGUGAUCCCUCACAGCCCUGUCAUAAAGAUCUCCUACAGCACCCCACAAGGUAAAGGGGAAGUCAUGAAGAUCCCCUCGCGGGUCCACGGAUCUGUCAAGCCCUUCUGUCCUAAGCAGCUAGUGCAGAAUGGCUUGGGGGAGAAUGGCAAGUUACCCUCUGAUCCUACCAAGGAACAGCGCCACAUCCUUGAUGCCACCAGGUCUGGCCUGACUGUGUCCAUUCCCAAACUUAAACUGACCAGGCCCUUUACCACUGUGGGCCAGGACUUGCCCUCCCCAAAGAUCCGUUUGAGACCACCUCAGAAGGAGAGUGAGGACAGUGUGGUGGAGUAUGAGGCAGAGCUUGUCAGGGGUGCCAGGAGGCGAAGCCCUAGGGCUCCCGGUCCCUGCCUCCCCCACUCUGAAGACUCAGCAGAGGGUAAGAACUCUCUGGAACUGUGGUCUGGAAGUUCUGGAGAGGAAGCCGACCGAGGUCACAGUGAUCUAACUUUGCUCAUCAAUUUCCGCAAGCGCAAGGCAGACUCCUCCAGCCUGUCAGUGUGCAGCAGCGACAGCCUGGAUGAGUCCAAGUCCUUCAGCUCUGAUGGCACCUCGCCAGAGCUGUGUGACCUGGCUCCUGGGGAGGACAUCUCCGUGACUUCAUCUUCGGUUGGCUCGCGGGAGGACUGCAAGACGGUGCCGCCGCUCACAGUGCGACUGCACACACGCAGCAUGACCAAGUGCGUGACAGAGGAGGGCCAUGCGGUAGCUGUAGGCGACAUUGUUUGGGGGAAGAUCCAUGGCUUCCCCUGGUGGCCAGCGCGUGUCCUCAGCAUCAGUGGGAGCCGCAAACAGGAGACAGCCACCUGCGAAGGCCAGUGGCCAGAAGCAAAGGUGGCAUGGUUCGGUUCACCCACCACCUCCCAACUUUCUGUUGCCAAAUUGUCGCCUUUCCGAGAGCUCUUUAGAUCCCGUUUCAAUCGUAAGAAGAAAGGGAUGUACCGAAGAGCCAUCCUGGAGGCUGCCAAGGCUGUAGGCCACGUGGGGCCCGAGAUCACGUCGCUGCUCUCCCACUGUGAAACGUAGAGGCUGAGGGCUGAAGAGAGGUCUCCGAGGUUUUUCCCAACUCAGACUCUGUCAUCAAGACCCAGGAGAGAGUACGUGCGGUUGCCACGGCUACUAUUUAUAUGCCGCUUUUUUUCUCUCUCUUUCUCUCCCUCUCUCUCUCUCUCUCUCUCUCUCUCUCUCUCUCUCACUCACAAGGCUGGAGGAAAAUGGCUGCCAAGGUGGAGUGUUGAAACUGCAUGAGGGAGCAAAAAAAAAAAGCCUUUUUGAGGCAUCUCGCAGUCUACUCUGGACUGAAUUAUUCCUCCUUUUUGUUAUUUUGUAGAUUUAACCAUAUUUCAAUAGAGCUGAAUAGCAACACUACAAGAACCCGAAUGUAUUUAUUCUCCGUGACAGUUUAUAAUUAUCCAUUAAGUCCACCUUUCUACCGCCGUUGCGCAAAAUCUCCUGUACUGCUGCUGUCUCCUAACGGUUGCCGCUGCGGAUUAGCGGUCGCCGCAAGUCUGACUUGUCCAAUCAGAGGAGCCUGGUGCUGUCUGUUCAGAUCUAGUGCCAUCUUCAGCGGGAUUCCCCUCAUCCCCCCCCCCCCGGUGACAUUUUCCAAGGUUUAAAAAGUCUUAGUGUGAGUCCUCUUAUUUUCCAGACUUUGAAAAUGUGAAAAGGCUCCAUCCAGAGACAGUGACUGUUCCAGCUCUCAAAGUGACCACGGUGUUCCAUCCUUGUAGCCUCCUGUGUCAUUAGUCGGAUAUGUGGAUGUGUUCCUACCGACCUCUAUCCUCCAAGACAACAUCAUUGUCUCCCAUCCAUUUCAUCAUUUAUAAACUUAGUUAGAAGACUUUUAGAACUAUGACGUGGGUCAGCCAAGAGCCGCUUGCCCGUCAUAAAAUUCAUUUUUACAUCACUUUGAUUUAUUUAAUGCGUCACAUUAAGAAAAAGCACUUUAUCUGUACCUUGGUGGCCUGCUGUAAGCUCACUGUCAGAAACACUAAUGCGAGAUACAGACCUAAUAGGCAACGGGGAGGUCAAAGGUCUCUACAGUUGACUAUUACUUGGAGAUUUUUGUAGUUUAUUCAAUGAUUUGGGGUCACCAGAUACCAGACACCUGUUGCGGGUGGUUGUGUACACUGUAUUCUCGCAUUCAACUUGGGUCUCUCUCUCUUUCUCUCCCUCUCUCCCCUCUCUCUCUCUCUCUCUCUCUCUCCUUAUCUACCAUACACACACUACAAAGAUCCACAUUCAAUGUUUCCACUGGAAAAUGGGACAGCAAAUGUGUUAAAAGCCCCCUAUGCAUCAACAGUGAAAGCUUUAUGAGUUAGCUUAGGUGAAACGAAAUGCUGUAAGAAUACUGUGAAUUCAACUGCUGAGUGUGCAGAGGGAAAGAUUUCGGGCAGAGCAAGCUCACUGCCGGUUGCAGCUCACAGUUAUUGAGUCAUCCGGUGAAGCAGACUGCAAAGCUGGCCUUUAGUGACCUUUGGUUUGAAAGCAGCACUGUUGGAAUG